GUUGUGGUAGUAUGUAACGAAUGUAUUCUCACGGUCACAUAAAGUAAAAUAACCUCUUCAUUCUCAAAACACGUUGGUUUAUUCAUUUAUUCUUGAUAACUGUUAUUACCUUCAUAAAAAUGGGCAAAGCAAAGAAAACUCGCAAAGUCGUUGACAAACGGUUCGCCAAAAUGAAGAAAAUGAUCUCACCCAGUGAUCCAAGAAUCAAAGCAUCUCAGAGAGCAGCACCCAGGAAAAAGAAACCAGAAGAUCCAUAUGCUAUGAAAGUCACUGAAGCACCACAACAAAGUUCUGCUCUAUUCUUUCAAUACAACACACAGCUGGGACCUCCAUAUCACAUAUUGAUUGAUACUAACUUCAUAAAUUUUUCAAUUAAAAACAAACUAGACAUCAUUCAAAAUAUGAUGGACUGCUUAUAUGCAAAAUGUAUUCCUUACAUUACUGAUUGUGUGUUAGCUGAGUUGGAGAAGUUAGGUAUGAAGUAUAAGGUGGCGUUAAGAAUUAUUAAAGAUUCUAGAUUUGAAAGGAUUCAUUGCUUGCAUAAGGGAACAUAUGCUGAUGACUGCCUUGUUCAGAGAGUCACACAACAUAAAUGUUAUAUUGUUGCUACUAAUGACAAGGAUCUUAAGAGGAGAAUUAGGAAGAUACCUGGUGUGCCAAUAAUGUAUGUUGCACAACAUAGGUAUACAAUUGAGAGAAUGCCAGAUGCUUAUGGUGCUCCAAAACAUGAAACUUGUUAUAUUUAAGCAAUAAUGAAAUAAGACACGUUUUUUAAGUUCUAUAAUAAAAAUGCUAUUAGCAGAA